AAAAGGUCUUCAAAACCGGAAGUAAAUUGCACCAUGAUGUCCAGUCAUAUUUAUACCGUCUCUGAUGUUGAAGAAAAAGCUACACGUCUGCACAAAGGGAGUAAACUGAGCCAUGAUAUUCACUCUUAUACUGUAUACACAGUCGUUAGUAACAAUCUUUUGUAGAAACUACAAUUCCCGACGUCACCUAUAAACCGGAAGCGACUCUUUUUGCGGCAUUUAGCAGGUUGUAGCUGACUUUGUUUACAUCUUAGCUUUCGUGGAUACUAAACCUAGAAGCUUGUCAAUGUGUCGGAGAGAUGCUGUGUGUUGUGCAACAUGCGUCCCACUGAGUCAUGUGUAAAAGAUGGGCGACAAAACAAAACCAGUGCUGGGACGUUAACACAGUGUCGCAAAGCUUCUGAAUCCUGCAGCAAGAGCAAGAAAUACAAGAAAGGACGAUCGUCUGUCAAGAAGCCCAGUCAAACUGUUCCGGCUGCUGCCAGUGAAAAGGAUCCAUCUAAAGAUGAAAAAAACAGAGAGAUGCCUUCAAGUAUAAAAGCAGCUCCUGAGAACGAAGUCAAGUGGUCAAAAGAAGUUAGUCAUCUGUGUCAGCGCUAUCCAGAGGAGAUGUCAGCCACAGACAUAGAUAACAGUGAGGAGGAUCUGUACAGGGCAGAAGAGGAAAUAGAACAGGAAAGACAGAAGAAGCAUACGGAAAGACAGCUGUCAAAAGCAGUUUCCGUGCCUAAUUCUGAGGACCAGAUCAGUGUGUCAGCUCCGGAAAGUCUGCUCUCCUACAGUCAGAGAGAGUGGAAAGGAAAAACCAACAAAAGUCACCUUAUCAGAAAGGGAUAUGAAGCAGUAGCCCAAAGGUUUGAGAGCCUGUGCAGAGUACGAGGUGAUAACUACUGCGCUCUGAGAGCGACCCUCUUUCAGCUCUUCAGUCAAUCGAACAAACUCAGUAACUGGCUGCAUGAUUCUGAAAAUGUUCAGCUGCAGUGUGUGCAAGAUUUGGUGGAAGAAUGGAUGUUUCCUUUUGAGAGCAGAGCUAAAGGAGGAGCAGUGGAACAGUUGGAACAAUGUCUGACUCUCCUGAAAGUUAGGUGGCAGGAGGCAGUACAGUGUAAGAGUUCUGCAGAGCGGGAACGUGUUUGCCAGCAACUGUUUGUGGGGGGCCGUGAAGAAUAUGAGCUGCUGGAGGCCCUGAAGUUUUUGAUGCUGAAGACAGUCAUUCAGCUACACUCUGACAUGCAAAAGGGCUCCAGGGUACCUGAGUUCUGCUGGCUACUUUUUGCCCGUGACACUUCCAAAUGUCCCAGGAGCUUCCUCACUAAUCAUCUCAGACAUGUGGGCUUCAGUGGAGGUCUGGAACAGGUGGAGAUGUUUCUGCUCGGCUACUCCCUACAGCAUACGCUUCAGGCCUUUCGGCUCUACAAGACAGACACCGAGGAGUUCAUUACCUACUAUCCAGAUGACCACGAGACAGAGUGGCCUUGCCUCAGCCUGGUCACAGAAGACGAUCGACACUAUAAUGUGCCUGUGCCUAAACAGUCCAAACUAGAAUUGACAAAACAUGACAAGGCAGUGAUGCCCAAAUGGAACAAGCCUUCAUGUGGAACAGGAAAAACUACACUUCUGUAGAGAAAAUCUGAACCAUCCAAUUGUUAUUAAGCUUCAUUAUUCCGGGUGAUUUUCGGCUACAGAUCUCCCAUUUUUUGUUAUAGAAUGCAGUAAAGGCUGAGGACUUUUUUUUUUUCCUUCUAAUAAAUAAUAGAUGAGUUAAUCAACAUGUGAAUAUGGAUGCCACUGAAAGACAUGCUUAAUCACAAAGUGUUUGCUAUACCAACACUCAGUACUAGGUGGUGCAACGUGACUUAGUGCUAUUGUUUGUCAUUGUGAUAACGACAGACGACACGGAACGACCGCAAAUCUGGAAGUAUUUCACGAUUAAUGAUGGCAGUCAAAUCAAAGUCAAAUCAAUAGACUCCUAUCAGUGCUCGGUGGAAAUAUCAUGAUAAGAAACCGCAUCUUCUUACAAGGAACCUGUUCACAUAUUUUAAAGAUAAAAUUCAGCACAAGAAGCACACAACAGCAAAUAUCGUAGACUAGCUGAAAAAAGUAUCCACAUUAUGUCGUUCUUGACAGUCAGCCGCUAUUGCUUAUUGGCAACGAGGCAUCCUGACGUAAUGAAGCCAAAAACGUUGUACGUUUUCCACACAGUCGUAUAUAGCACUUUUCUGAAGUGAAAAAAAGAAUCUGCUCUUCUCUAAAGCAAAGGUAACUAAUGUAGCAAUCUAAUGCACUUCAUUUAUUCAUUCAUGUAUGCAUGCUGGCAAAACCUUUUAGACAGAAAUCAAAACAUUAAUACUAGAAGCCAAUUCACACCCAACUUCAUUCAACUGAGUUUGUUUUUUGUUUUUUUCACCAACUUUCAAACUGGAAUUACUCCUUUCUUGAUUAAACAGAUCAUGUCCUUCACGCAGGAAAGUAAAUUUACCUAUUCCUAACUGAUAACUGAAUGCUGGAAUUGCAUAAACAAACUUAAAUCAAAAUGCACUGUUUGUCCUGUCAGUAGCUCAUAUAAGAAGUACAAAGUUGGGGGG